AUGAAUUCAUCUACUCCCUGUCUUCAGUUCUUGAGGCCGUACGCCUGGAAGUGGAAGCCCGUGGGCGCCCGUAACGCGGCAUACCUGCGCUUCUACCACCUGGCUCGGCAGCACGAGUUGAUACAGUCCAAUGCCCUCAAGUAUCCUCGCAUUCGCCAUGAAGGCGGUGCGCCCAUGCGGAUCCCCAUCUUCCGGGAGAAGUUCAAGGAUGUUGAGAUGGGCAAGCAUGCCGACGAAGAGGUCAUCAUUCAUGGCCGGGUUCAGUCCGUCCGUCGGGCUGGCAACAAGCUCAUGUUCCUCGACCUCAAAGGCGAGUUCGAGCAUGUGCAGGGGCUCUGUAACUUCAAUAAGUUGCAGGUCACAGGAGUCGAGCUAGGAGAAUUUAGGACGCUUGCAAAAUUGUUGAAUAGAGGCGAUAUUGUCUCCAUCACCGGCAGAGCAACCAAAACGCCGACUGGUGAACUCAGUAUCGAAGCCACAAGAUUGCCCGAGCUCUUAACCCCAGCAUUGGCUCCUCUGCCCUUCAAACUAGAGGAUGAGGAAGUUCGGAUCCAGCACCGUCACGUCGACAUGCUGGUCAACCGCAAGACCAUCGACACCCUCCGGCUGCGCUCGCAUCUGAUCAAGUACCUCCGCGACUUCCUUCACGAGCGUGGCUUCCUCGAGUUCCAGACCCCCAUCCUCGCCGAGAGUGCCAGCGGCGCCACCGCCCGGCCCUUCACCACCGCCGCCUCCGAGACCUCGGUCAACAAGAACCUCGCGAUGCGCAUCGCCCCCGAGCUGUGGCUCAAGCGUCUCGUGGUCGGCGGCGUCGACAAAGUCUUCGAGCUCGGCCCGGCCUUCCGCAACGAGGGCAUCGACCAGACGCACAACCCCGAAUUCACCAUGUGCGAGUUCUACAACGCCUACGCCAACCUAGACGACCUGAUCGCCCUAACGGAGGAACUACUCUGCGGCGCCGCCGCGCACUGCCGCGACCUGAUCGCCACCAAGCUCGACUCCCUGCCCGCCAUCGACAUGUCUCAGUACCAGCGUCCCUUCCAACAACUCGAGUUCAUCCCUUCCCUGGAAUCCGCACUAGGCUUCAACCUCCCCAAUCUCGCCGCCCCGUCAGCGCGUGAGGAGCUCCUCGCCCUUUUGAGGGAGAAGAACAUCGACGUGCCCGGGCUCAACAAACCCGACAUCACCCUCGCCAAACUCCUCGACAACCUAGCCGCCGAGUUCCUCGAGCCCUACUCCCUCACCAAACCCCUUUUCAUCACCCACCACCCGGUCUGCAUGUCCCCGCUCUCCAAGUCCUUCGUCUGCCCCAAGACGGGCCAGCGCGUCUCCGCGCGCACCGAGCUCUUUGUCAACGGCAAGGAGCUAGCGAACAUGUACGAAGAAGAAAACGACCCUGUGUCGCAGCGCGCCAAGUUUCUUGACCAGCUUAAUACUGCUAAACGGGAAGGCUUGGCGCCUGGCGUGUACAACGAGGAAGGAGAGAGCGCGAUGGAGGUGGACGAGAGUUAUGUGCAAGCCUUGGAGUCCGGGCUGCCGCCUACCGGCGGAUGGGGGUGUGGUAUUGAGAGGAUGGUGAUGCUGUUUAGCGGGACGAAGAGGAUCAGUGACUGUUUGAGUUUUGGAAACUUGAGACAUGUCACGAAUGUGCCGGGAGCGGUUAGGACGGGCGAGGAUGAGGAGAAGGCGAGGGCCAUGAUGGAGGAGACGGAGAAGAAGAGUGCGAGUGAGAGGAGGAGGCAGAAGGGGAAUGAGAAGGAGAAAAAGGAGGAUGUCGUUUCUGAGAGUGAGGCAUGA